CAGCUCAUCGUCCACCUACUCUCGUCGUCUCAAGUUCUGCGUUUCAAGGCCGAGAUUUCAUCUCUAGCUUUUCUCUCAUGGCGAGGAAGAAGAUCCGAGAGUACGAUUCCAAGAGGCUCUUGAAGGAGCAUUUGAAGAGACUCGCCGGGAUUCAGCUCCAGAUCGCUUCUGCUCAGGUAACGGAGUCAACGGAUUUCACUGAACUGACAAACAAAGAGCCAUGGCUAUCGUCCACAAAAUUGGUGGUGAAGCCCGAUAUGCUCUUCGGGAAGCGUGGAAAGAGUGGCCUCGUGGCUCUGAAUUUGGACAUGGCGCAGGUUGCCGAAUUCGUGAAGGCACGCCUUGGGGUGGAGGUUGAGAUGGGUGGUUGCAAAGCACCUAUCACUACAUUUAUAGUUGAACCAUUUGUUCCCCAUGACCAAGAAUAUUACCUUUCAAUUGUCUCUGAAAGGCUUGGCUGUACCCUAAGCUUUUCAGAGUGCGGAGGCAUCGAAAUUGAAGAGAAUUGGGACAAGGUCAAGACAAUAUUUCUCCCUACUGAGAAGUCCAUGACAAUUGAAGCAAUUGCUCCAUUGAUUGCCACACUUCCCUUGGAGGUAAGGGGAAAGAUUGGGGACUUCAUAAAGGGUGUGUUUGCUGUAUUCCAAGAUUUGGAUUUUAGCUUCCUGGAGAUGAACCCGUUCACGCUGGUUAAUGGGGAGCCAUUUCCAUUGGAUAUGAGAGGGGAGUUGGAUGACACUGCUGCUUUCAAGAACUUUCAGAAGUGGGGUAAUAUUGAAUUUCCACUGCCUUUUGGCCGAGUGAUGAGCCCCACAGAAUCAUUCAUUCAUUCAUUGGACGAAAAGACAAGUGCUUCCCUAAAAUUCACUGUGUUGAAUCCGAAGGGACGCAUCUGGACUAUGGUAGCCGGGGGUGGUGCAAGUGUUAUCUAUGCUGAUACUGUUGGAGAUUUGGGUUAUGCAUCAGAACUUGGGAACUAUGCUGAGUAUAGUGGAGCUCCUAAUGAGGAAGAGGUGCUGCAAUAUGCUAGGGUGGUCAUUGAUUGUGCUACUGCAGACCCUGAUGGUCGCAAAAGGGCCCUUCUCAUAGGAGGUGGCAUAGCUAACUUUACUGAUGUUGCUGCUACAUUUAGUGGAAUUAUUAGAGCAUUAAGAGAGAAGGAAUCUAAGCUGAAAGCAGCAAGAAUGCAUAUUUAUGUGAGAAGAGGUGGUCCAAACUAUCAGACUGGUUUGGCAAAGAUGCGUGCCCUUGGCGACGAACUUGGAGUUCCUUUUGAGGUUUUUGGGCCUGAGGCAACAAUGACUGGUAUAUGCAAGCAAGCUAUUGAGUGCGUCAUGUCCUAGACAUGAGAUCCCAUCUUAACUUGAAGUUUUUGUAUGUUUUUUCUUUUGGAGUGCUUUUAAUGUUUGCCGAGGGAGUGGAUUGCGUCUUGAAAUUUCAUCAAGUGAGUGGGAUUUUAUUGUCUGAGUUUUGAAACUAGUUUGGAACUGCAAAGACUUGCUUGCCUUGCCAAACCACCUUGAAAACUCGGCUCUUAUUUUCCUUUAUUACUCAAAUUUAAACUGGAUAGAGGUAUGAGUGAGCUCA